CGCCCUUCGUUUUUAUCCAACUCUCAGAAUCCCUCAAGAACCCAUCUACCCCUCAAACCCCUAAUCCUUUGCACCCUGGGUGUUGCUGUAUUAAUCUCGUCGUUGAACUUCGAAAUGUGAAAGAACGGUAUCGAUUUUCCUUUCCCAGGAACCCUUUUCGUUCUAUAGUCAUCCCCAGAAGUGAUCCCUGAAAUUCAUAGUUAACCCCGUAGUAGGCGCACUCCUCGCUGACCCAUUUGGAUGGAGUUGGAAGUGAUUCGAUUCCCUUCGUUUGUUCGCAUUUGAAACCGUUUUUUCGUUAUUCCUUUUUCCCCCUAAUCGGUGUGAUACUGCGAUGGCCGCCUCUGCUUUAGCAUUAACGCCCACAUUCUGUUUUGCAAAAGUCCAUCACAGAAUUUCACCUCCUAAUCGCUGCUCCUUCAUCGUCAAUGUCCGACAAUGUGCUUCCAAAUCAAAAUCCUAUAUCACUUGUCGCGACUCCCACCAUUUGAAGCCUCUUCUUGUGACUAACCAUUCUGUAGUAUCCAAAGUUAGAGCUUCUUCGGAUGAAUGCUUGAAUGAUGUUGAUGGAACUGAGAGGUUACUUCUGUUGGAGGAUAGGCCGAUUAAUUUCACUUUUUGGGUCCUCUUUUGUGCUUCUCUGUCUCUAGCUUGGUUUGCUUUUUCUAAGGAUGCUAAUGCUGCUGCUGACUCGAUUAAAGCCUCAGGCUUUGGCUUAAAUAUUGCAAAUGCGCUCAGGAAAUUGGGUUGGCCUGAUGAAUUUGUGGUAUUUAGCCUUGCAACGCUUCCUGUUCUUGAGCUACGUGGGGCUAUUCCUGUUGGCUACUGGAUGCAACUCAAUCCUGUGUUUUUAACUGUCUUAUCCGUUCUUGGGAAUAUGGUCCCUGUGCCCUUCAUUAUUCUCUACCUUAAAAGAUUUGCAUCUUUCCUCGCUGCAAAGAGCCCUACUGCACCUCGAUUCUUGGACAAGCUGUUUAAGAAUGCAAAAGAGAAGGCUGGCCCAGUGGAGGAGUUUCAAUGGCUAGGUCUAAUGCUGUUUGUGGCUGUUCCUUUUCCAGGAACAGGGGCUUGGUCUGGAGCCAUUAUAGCAUCCAUUCUUGAUAUGCCAUUUUGGUCCGCUGUAUCUGCAAAUUUUGUUGGGGUUGUAUUUGCUGGGCUGCUGGUCAAUUUGUUGGUGAAUCUUGGUCUCAAGUAUGCCAUUAUUACUGGUAUCAUCCUCUUCUUUGUUUCCACCUUCAUGUGGAGCUUCCUUAGAAGUUUUAAGAAAACCUUGAAAUCAUCAAAUUGACAUGAAAUAUUCUGUUCUCACUGGCCAAUGAAAGACAGUUCCUUAAUUGUCAAUGUGCAUUGGCCAAAAGAAAGUAGUUAAUGCGCAUACUUGCUUACUUAUUAAACCUGCCGUGUUUCUUCGUCUGUAUUUUCCAAAAAUGAUGUCUCAGUAGCUCUAUGUAUAAGAAAGAUCUGAUAUAUAAACUCGGGGAAGGAAGAAGGAUUAUUAAUAUUUUUCCUACCAACAGAAACUAUACUUGUUAAGCUUGUAGAUUACUGGUUGAGUGGUGCCACAUUUUUCCCAGGUAGCAUAUGUUUGCAUCUGUCAUGAUGAUAGCUUUAUAUUCUCCGAUAUACUGUAACUGCUAUACGGAUUUUACAUGUCAAUGUUCAUUUCUGAAGUUGAGUUUGAGUUUCAA